GUUGACACCUUCUGCAUCUGCGAAGGGUACAUUGUGCCUCGCUGCCUCAUGUAUGAGACUUACGUGGAGACCUGCGGGCAGAAUGCUCAGAGCCAAGUCAACCCAGCCACGUUUGGGAAGGGUGACAGUCAUUCGCCGAAUAAGACAGACCCAGUUGGGUCGCCUUUGUCGGAAUUCGGGAGAAGUGCAUUCUGGGAGCAGGAACUGGCAGACAAGCUUCUCCUACAGAAUAUGAUGGCCUUUCUCGCUGACGAAUACUGCAACUAUUGUCAAGACAUUUUACAGAACGUGGAGGACUCGCUCACGUCCUUCUGGAAAUCUCUGCAGCAGGACACGGUCACGCUCGUGUCAUUGCCUGACGUGUGCCAGCUCCUUAGAUGCUACGACGGGCAGCCGUACAAAGGAAUUGAGGACGUUCUCCUUCAUGACUUUUUGGAAGAUGUUUCUAUUCAGCAUCUGAAAUCUGUCCAGUUGUUUAGUAAGAAGUUUAAGCUGCGGUUACUCACUGCUUCGGAAGGUCCUCCAGCCCUCUUACAGACCUCCAAGCUCAGAGAAGUUACUAUGUUUGUCAAAAGACUAAGAAGAAAGACGUACCUUUCCAACAUGGCAAAGACCAUGAGAACGGUGCUGAACAACAGCAGGAGAGUCGGCGUCCUGCAGCUGGAUCUACACGCCAUCAUGCAUCAGGGCGCCUUGGGUAUUUCCCAGCAAGCCCUGACGAGUAACGCGAGCGGCACUGACGACCUGGAGGGGAACACAGAGAUGAAAUGUUUGAGCACUUUAAUUUCUUUGCUGGGGACAUCAACAGACCUCAGUGUAUUCCUGAAUUGUCUGUCUUCAAGCCUCCAAACAUUUGUCUUCCAGCCGAGCAGAAGCAAAACGGAAUUUAUCAGAUUGGCCACCAGCUUCCAGCUGAGAUGGAAUUUCCUCCUCACUGCCGAGAGCAAAGCUAUGACCCUCUGGCACAGAGACAGCUUCGGAAACCUCCCCGGGCUUUUGAAUUGUGCGUUUUCAGACAUCGUGAGCAAAGCAACAAGCAUCCACUUUUUCUCCAUCUCCCGACUGAGCUGGACCAAGAAAUGGGUUCUUCGGGGGCACCCGGAUUUAACCUUCAGGAAUAAGAGUUGAUAAAGUCCCCACUGCGUGCAGAUGGUGGAAAGAGUAAAGCAGUGUCUGUUUUGCCAACUUUCUGGUCCAGUAGAGGGUCUUUCUGGGCCCAGGGGGUCCCAUUUGUCACAGCUGUGGUACAGACACAGCACAGGAGAGUCGCGGGGAGGGACAGUCACCACUGAGCCCCCCAGCCCCACGGAGGCGAUCAGUCGUUUCAGCAGAUGUCGUGCGUCCCUGCAAAGUCCCAGGCACCUUCCUGGGCACUGGACACACAGCCGUGGACAGACAGACAGACAGAGCCUCCAGCCCACAAACUCACACACCUAUCAGGGCAAGGAAUCCUUGCCCCAGGGCUGCCAGAUGCCCUUGCAGCGGGUACACAGGACAGGAAGAGUAGACAGGCCCUGUUCUAGACCGUUCUGCAAACACUGGGGCCCUUUGGAGGGUUGUGGCUGUACACAGCCAUAUAUGUGACCCCCAUUCGUCAUGAGGCUGUCCCCGCAGAUGAAGGUCAGCACAGAGUUCACGUGCAGCCACAGGAGGAAAGCCAGCUCUGUGGUUAGUGCUGUCGACUGAAAAAAUGCACAGCCUGAAAGUUGAGAGUUGUGUUUUAUUCAGUGGACAAACCCGAAGACUAAGGUCCGGGACACAGCAUCUCAGAUCACUCCGAGAGGCCAGGUGGGGGCCGGGGUAGAUAGGAGCCGUUUUUGCAACAAAGACCAGGUAGUCGGAACAUCAAAAGAUGACUGUUAAUUAAAGAAAACCGGACAUCUCGAGGUAAAGAGCUUAGCACUUUUCUACGUAUGGGAAGACGCAAGAGUCUGGGCUCUCUGGCAUCGUUCCUUUGAUGUGCUCCUCGGCUAUCUGGGGCCAGUAUCCUGCGUUUUCUCCUCCUGAGUCUCCUCAGGGUGCACGGCUCGGGGUGGCUGCAGCAGCUCACUGCUAGAUGGGGGCAUCCUGCCCGGAUCCUGAGUUCCCUCAGGGCGCACGGUCUCGGGGUGGCUGUCAUGUGACGGCUUCGUGGCUGCAACACCCUUUGUUUACUGAUACGGCCGGUGGCGUCCUCAGUUCACAGUGCUUUCCCCUCGGCCUUCUAGGGCCUUCAUGUGAAGUCAGAGUAUUCACACCACUAGUUUUUCCCCUUCAUGUGGACCAUGGUUUCACAAAGUUAAACAAGCCAGGAGUUGUUUGUGGGUCAGGCUUAUUCCAGACCAGGCCAUGCCUCUCGUGGAGCCAGGUUCUCUCACCUGAGAUCUAGCAGAGAAUAGUGAAUAUCGUAGAUAAAGCUUUGAAAUGGACAGAAAGGGUCAACACACCCUUCUGGUCUUCUUUCUUCCUUUUGAGUUAUUUUACGAAUCUCGUAAGUUGUAGCAGACAGAUACUAUUGCAGAUGAUUCUCCUCCACACAGUGCAAACCAGUGCGUCAGCGGGAUCAGUUGAUAAGUGCCCUGAGCACAGAGCUGUGUGGCAUCUGUCUGUAGAUUACUGUCAGUGGCAUGCUUUGUUGUCUACGUAUGUAUGUAUGUUUAGUGUCUUGAAUUCUCUCUCCUUUUUUUAAAAAAAAAAUUUAUUUAUUUAUUUUUGGCUGCGUUGGGUUUUCACUGCUGCACCUGGGCUUUCUCUAGUUGCGGUGAGCUGGGGCUACUCUUUGUUGCGGUGCGUGGGCUUCUCAUUGCCGUGGCUUCUCUUGUUGCAGAGCACGGGCUCUAGUCGCGUGGGCUUCAGUAGUUGUGGCAUGCAGGCUCAGUAGUUGUGGCACACGGGCUUAGUUGCUCCGCGGCAUGUGGGAUCUUCCCAGACCAGGGCUCAAACCCGUGUCCCCUGCAUCGGCAGGUGGAUUCUUAACCACUGCGCCACCAGGGAAGUCCUGAAUUCUCUUUUGAAUCAGCUGCAACAUCUUACUAGUUCCCUCAUUAAUUGAGUCCCAUAAAAUCUUUAACACACAUUCACUUUAUAUCUGUAUAAGAGAUAUUUAUAUCUCUUCAUUAAGUAAUUGUCUUUUAACGAUUAUAAUAGGCCAGAUUACUGUGUAGCACAGGGAACUCUACUCAGUGCUCUGUGGUGACCUACAUGGGAAGGAAAUCCAAAAAAGAGGGGAUCUGUGUAUACGUACAGCUGAUUCACUUUGCUGUACAGCAGAAACUAACAAAAUGUUGUAAAAAACUAUACUCCAAUAAAAAUUAAAAAGGAAAGAAAAGCAUUAAUAGCCAAAAAAGAGAGAGAGAGAGAGAGGCAAGGAUGGGAAUGUUACUUCUUACAAGAUUCACAAGCAAGGUGUAAUUUGAAAAGAGAUCCAAAGAAAGUAGGAAGAAGGAGAGGUGUGAGAGUCUUCCAGAAGGGAGGGAGAAUGAAUCAGAGACAUGAAGUAGCCCCUGGGCCCCCGUGAUGUUAUUGGCCAUGAGUUUAAAACGAUUAAGGAAUUUAAAAUCCUCAUUGGUUUCCAGGAAUAUGGCAAGCUAGUGCAGUUGAACCAACUCAUCAGGUGAACACAAUACUUGUUAGAAAAACUAUAAAAUAUCUUGAAAGCAUCAAAAAGCGGGCAAGGGACUUCCCUGUCAGUCCAGUGUUUAGGACCCCUCGCUUCCACCGCAGGGGGUACGCGUUCGAUCCCUAGUGGGGGAACUAAGAUCCCGCAGCCAAAAAACGGC